AUGAACAUCUCGCGUCCGACUUUGGCUUUGCUGGUACGCUUGCACCGUGCCUUUGGAAUUUAUUAUUUUCUCAGGACAGAUGGAAGUUUUGUGGUUCAUGAUGUACCUUCAGGAUCUUAUGUAGUGGAAGUUAUAUCCCCUGCUCAUAAAUUUGAGCCUGUGCGAGUUGACAUAACUUCAAAAGGCAAAAUGAGAGCAAGAUACGUGAAUUACAUCAAAACCUCUGAAGUUGUCAGGCUGCCGUACCCGCUCCAGAUGAAAUCUUCUGGACCUCCUUCAUACUUUAUAAAGAGAGAAUCUUGGGGAUGGACAGAUUUCCUCAUGAACCCUAUGGUGAUGAUGAUGGUUCUUCCAUUACUGAUAUUUGUGCUUUUGCCUAAAGUUGUCAACACCAGUGAUCCUGAUAUGAGACGGGAAAUGGAGCAGUCAAUGAACAUGCUGAAUUCCAACCAUGAGCUGCCAGAUGUCUCUGAAUUCAUGACAAGACUUUUCUCUUCAAAAUCUUCCAGCAAGUCUGGUAGUAGCAGCAGUAAAGCAGGGAAAAGUAGUUCUGGAAAAAGGAGGUAGUUAAGUCUUCCUCCUAAGCCUGAGUUUGCACAACUGUUUGUUAUGUGGUAUCAUGUUUAUUUGUCUUGAAAGAUCAAAAAGCCACUACUGUAAACUUAACCAGGCACAAAAUACGGUAUGCUACAACUGUGGUGUGUAGCUUUUUUUUAGUCUAUAUAAGCUGUUUUGUACUUGACAAUAAGCAAAAGAGGACAUGGCUUCAAUACUGUAUCUGUAUAAAGUUACUGAUGAUACUGAAUUAACUAUAUUGUUCUGUAGAGAAUUAUUAUAAGUUAUAUGAUGUGCUGAACAGUAA